AUGAACCAGUCAACGCUUCCUGUCAAUAGUGCCGAAGUCACUGUAUGGACUGCGCAGGAUGUUACAGAUCGCUUCGCCCUGCAACCAUCCAAUGGCCGGCUUGUGCCUCUGAAGACCAGAGGCGAGAUUAGGGCGAGCCACGAGACGAGUAUGCAAUACCGUCUGAUCAGGAGUAUACAGCACGUCCUCAAGACCGCCAUCGAAGACCUAAGCGCCAUCGACCUCCAGCAUCUUCGCCGGGUCGUCAAGCGAGAAUACCUACCCUUGCAUCUUCAAUGCUCCGACAAUGCUUCCUCGAUCGCGGCCACUCUCACUAAGCCCACCGAAACUCGCUCUCUCCUGAUAUCGGCGACCUCUCAAAUCUCGCUUGCAGAACUGGAAGCCAUCUUAUCAUCGAACCCACCCUUUCUGGAUAACGUCUUCCCCCUCAAAGUCAAGAUCGUUCCAGUCCCAGCACUAGCCCCCAUCUCCGCCGCCCAAGCCGAUCAAUGGAGCAAAGAGUACUGGCCCACAGCUUACAAACACACCAACCCCUUCGGCCCGCAUCCCAGCAUCGUCAGCCGCGCCCAGGCCGAAGUAGAGCCCAGUGCCGGAACAUGGCUCGCGCUGGCCGACAAGCUUGCCGAGGAGGCCGCGCUAGGCAUGGGUGAGCAAGCUGGAUGCGUGAUUUUGGAGAGGAGAAGCGAGGCUGAGGGAGGUGCGAGGGUUGUUGCGGCUGCUGGUGAUGGACGCUGGUACGGCGUCGACGAGUCCGAGAACGAGGGACCGGGAAAUGUGAUGGCGCACUCGGCGCUCCGCGCUAUUGGCAUGGUUGCAAAGAAGCGUCUCCGGAGUGCGGAAUUACAGCGUAGCGAGCAGGGCCUCGAGAGGGAAACCGUCCAGACCGUUUACCGACGCUCUGGUUCGGAGUGCUUCGAUCCAACCAAAAACGAGGACAUAUUCUACGAUGAGGCGGUCCUUGGGCUCCCCAUUGAACAGGAGAUAGCCGCGUCAGACAACCUGACACCGAACGGCUAUCUUUGCGUAGACUUGGAGAUUUACCUCACCGCUGAGCCGUGCGUCAUGUGCUGCAUGGCCAUACUGCACUCCCGGUUUGGCCGUGUAGUGUUCAGAGACAGGAUGCCAUUGACUGGUGGUAUGACAGCUGAUGUUAGUACCGAUAACACGCAUAGUGUCAGAGCAGAUCAGGAGGCAAACAAACAGAAUAAAGAGUCGGGAGUUGAGAGUCUAGGAUACGGCCUCUUCUGGCGGCCUGCGGAGCUCAACUGGAAGAUGCUAGCCUGGCAAUGGCUCGCCGAAGAUGAUACUGCGAACCAGAUGGAGCAAACCAUACAUAUUUAG